ACUCAAUCAAGCUGUGCACCCGGAAGUGUGUCGCCUUUCACCGUUUUGAAUCUCUAGUUCAGCUAAUAGCUAACCUGUGAGAUAGUCUUGAAAAUUGUCUUUUUUUUGGUUUUAUGUAACACAUAUACUUUCCAGGCCACAGUGCGUCACGAUUAAUGUAGCAGCUAUGAAGUAGUGUCAAGUUAUCACGACAUUGUUCGUUUACUAUGAGCUCCCUAUCAGCCCCGGCAUCAAGCGCGUCAUGCAGGACACUACCUGGAGACGGAAAUCAGGUACAGCCAAAGGCCCCUCUCCUGCAGAUCCUACGUGUUGCCGGAGCACAGGAAGAAGUCUUCACCCUUAAAGAGGUGAUGCACUACUUGGGUCAGUACAUCAUGGGGAAGCAGCUAUAUGACAAACAGAGGCAGCACAUAGUCCACUGUCAGGAUGACCCUUUGGGGGAGCUUUUGGAGGUGGAGAGCUUCUCUGUUAAAAACCCAAGCCCGGUGUAUGAAAUGCUCAAGAAAUACUUGGUUGUGCUUGGUUGUUCUGACGCUGCAGAGAAUCUUUCUGUGGGCCGUGAAUGUGUAGAGGGCGGAGUGGAGGAUCGUGGUCAGAUGUGUGGAGGUGUGGUCAAAGCAGGUCUGGAGGCUGGCCAUCAUGUGCCUCUCCUGCAGACCCCCUCCCAGAGACGACCUCGGGAGCCAGACGAUGACUCCCUUGAAGGCCUGCCUCGUUCAGCCUGCAAACGGCCCAAACUGGAUGUUACUCUGGACGAGUGGGACCUCUCUGGCCUGCCCUGGUGGUUUCUGGGUAAUCUCCGUAGUAACUACAGCCGCAGGAGCAAUGGCUCCACAGACAUCCACACAAACCAACUGUCUCCUGCACAGGAGGAGGACACAGCCAUCGUGUCAGACACCACAGACGACCUCUGGUUCCUGAAUGAGGCUGAGAGUGAACAGGUGAGCGUGGAGAUGAAAGAGCCUGCCUUUGAGGAAGGGAGUGGAGGAGAAGGGGAAGCUCCACCUGAAGAUGAUGAUGGAGGGGGGAAGGAGUACAAAGCUGAUCGAGAGAUGCAGGAGGAGCCAGAUGAAGACUCGCAAUGUUUGAGUGACGACACUGAUAUAGAGUUCUGCACGCAGGACGCAUGGCAGUGCACAGAGUGUAGGAAGUAUAACACACCUCUCCAAAAGUACUGUGUACGCUGCUGGGCUCUGCGUAAAAACUGGUACAAAGAUGUUCCCCGACUCGCCCAUUCCCUUUCAGUUCCUGACAUCCCAGCAUGCGGCUCCCUCACCACCCAUGAUGAGGAAGAUGACAGCGACACAGGCAUCGAUGUCCCAGAUUGCAGCAGGACGGUGUCUGACCCCGUCAUCUUGCCCUCCCACUCCACAGCUGACCGACCUCUGCCCACUAUGCUCACUGGAAAGGGCAAGGGGCCGUGGCCCUCCAGCUUCCUUAAGGAUGAGCAGCUGUCAGGAGGGGAGAGUCAGGAGAACCUGGGCAUGGAGGUUGAAGAAGUUAGGCCGGAGGCCCUGUUAGAGCCGUGUAAGCUCUGUCGAGUGCGUCCACGCAAUGGAAAUAUAAUACACGGACGUACAGCUCACCUCCUUACCUGUUUUCAAUGUGCAAGGAGGCUGCACAAGUUCCAGGCUCCUUGUCCAGGGUGUGGGAAGAUCAUUCAAAAAGUUAUUAAGAUAUUCAUCCUCUAAAAAGCACACAUAUAUCUGCCAGGCUCUAGGGACUAAAACAAUAACAAAUACAACCUACAAUUUCAAUGUCAUUCAACAGUACAGCUGCAUGGACUUAGGUACACACGCUGCUGGUAGAUACACACACAGGAAACAUGCACCUUAACUUUGAAGACCUACACAGAUACACACAAAGUAUAGCACUUGGUGAAUCUAGCUUUCGGUUGCAUGGUUUAUUUUGCAUCGCUCUGCCUCAGAAGUAUUUUAAGAUGACACACGGGAGUUGGUUUAACCAAAUGUUUGUUUUGGUGCCACACACGAAUAAGGGACACAUAAAUUCAGAAGUAUUUAUUUAUUUAUUAGAAGAAGUCACAGGAGUGCACAUGUUUCAUGAAGGCUUGAUUUUUGUUUUCAGCCUGUGACAUUGAGUGGUUUCUCUGUUCACUUUUUCACUUUUUUUGAAUGGUGCCAUUUAAAUAUUAGCAAAGCUUGCCUUGUGUUUGUUUUGUUUAAAUGUCCUUCUCUCUAGAUUCACUUCAGUCAUCGUCAGGACAAAAAAGGAAAUCAAGCAUGUAAGUACAAGAAUAUUCCUCAAGCAUCUCUUAGCCCCCCCUUUUUCUAUAUUACCCUUUUUGUUUCCUGGAUUGAAGCAAUGACAAAGAUUGAAGGAAGAACAAUUUAAAGUCUUAACAUCUUUUUUUUGUAAAGAGUAGCAGCUCUAUAAAAGAACUCUCUGAGUUUUCUUUUAAACAUGUUCUCUCUGCAUCAGUGAAUGUACUGUCAAAUACAAGUGUGGUGGCUUACGACCUGUUACUCUUUACCUACUAUUUUAAAAUCUACCAUUGAAUAUAACCUGCUUGGAAAUGUGCAGCUGAAGUAUUUACUGUCAUUUUUGUCCCUCUGAGUAGAAAUUUAACAUUAAUAUGUAUUCAAUAUUUUACAAUUGCCGAGCAUCUAAUGAGAGUAAUGCCUGCAGUAAUUUAAGUCAGCUAACGGGUGGGUCAUGUUUAAAUGUCCUCCUGAACAUCUGACACAUUUCUGUGUAUUUAAUUUAUGAUUGAUUGUUUGAAUUGUUUGGAUGACCACCUUAAGGCUACAUUUGUUACAGAGAUUUAAUGUUGAAGUUUCAGUUUCUUGUUCUUUUUUUUCAAAGAUUUACAAAGUGUUUAAGAAAACAGGCUAAUCUACCAAAAUGUUCUCUCAAUGAAAAUGAAUGCAUAGUACUUAUUUAGAGAUGAGGGUUCGAUUGAAGCGUUACACUGCCAUGUAAUGACCCUGAAUUUUAAUUUGUAUAUUAGAAGUUUAUUUUGAUGGUUCUGCAUUUGAAGAUUGUAAUGCUGGAUUAUGUAUAGAUAUAAUGUACUUUAGGUUUGUGUGUGAGAGUACUACAAAUACAGUACACUCUACAGUGUCAUGGAGGAACAUAUCCAGUAAGACUUUAACUUCAGGCUCUGUUUAGCAUAGAGAGAAUUAUUUGAUUUGCUCUUUAACUUGCGCUUAAUCUUUCUGCCAGCAGAUGGAGCCAAGUGUCAAUAUUGUAUCUGGUGCCCAGAGUCUGUACAGUACCAGUAUUAAAAUGUGAUGCAUAUAUAAAGCAUGUUCUCUGUCGUGAACACAUCCAGCACUGAGCUGAUGUGAAGGCAAAAAUAGCUAUACAAAAGAUUAAUGUAGCUCAUUAUAUUCAUCAACAUUGAUAUCCAUCAAGAGAAAAAAAAAUGUCCAGAAACAGGCCUCGUGCAAAUGACUUAAUCUACUAACACUGCUACUGUUUCAAAAUGACUUGAGUCGUUGCAAUGAUUGACAGUGAAACUAUAAUGUACUGAAACAUGGUACAUCUAUUAAAGUUGUUUUUUUUCUACUUGU